UCUGGGCUCACACGAAGCCCCCUCCCCUUCCGGGGGGGUCCGGCCUUGCUCGGGGGGCCCCGGCCAGGACCCCCCUCACGUGGGGGCACAACCGGUGUCACACGGGGGGUUUCUGGUGUCACGGGGGGGGUCUGGUGUCACGGGGGGGCCACUCAGUGUCACAGGGGCCCCCCCCCGGUCGGGCACGGCCCUGGCUCGGUGCAGGGACCCGGCCCGGCCCGGCGACUCCGACCCCAGAGAGGCCCCGGCCCGGCCCGAGGAAAUGUCGCGACUCGGGGGAUGUCCCGGCCCGAGGAUCCGUCCUGGCACGGGAGAUCCGUCCUGGCACGGGAGAUCCGUCCUGGCACGGGGAGAUCCGUCCUGGCACGGGGAGAUCCGUCCUGGCACGGGGAGAUCCGUCCUGGCACGGGAGAUCUGUCCUGGCAAGGGGACAUCUGUCCUGGCACGGGAGAUCUGUCCUGGCACGGGGAGAUCUGUCCUGGCACGGGGAGAUCCGUCCUGGCACGGGGAGAUCUGUCCUGGCACGGGGAGAUCCGUCCUGGCACGGGGAGAUCCGUCCUGGCACGGGGACAUCUGUCCUGGCACGGGGAGAUCCGUCCUGGCACGGGAGAUCUGUCCUGGAAUGGGGACAUCUGUCCUGGCACGGGGAGAUCCGUCCUGGCACGGGGAGAUCCGUCCUGGCACGGGAGAUCUGUCCUGGCAAGGGGACAUCUGUCCUGGCACGGGGAGAUCUAUCCUGGCACGGGGAGAUCCGUCCUGGCACGGGGACAUCUGUCCUGGCACGGGGACAUCUGUCCUGGCACGGGGACCUUCCCCGAGGGAUCGUCCCCUCCCCUCGCCCCGAGGAGGAGCCGGACCUGGCAGGAGCACCUGGUGUCACACCUGGACCUGGACCUGGACCUGGCACAAGAUCUGGAGUCACACGGACCUGGUGUCACACCCGGACCUGGACCUGGCACGGCGGGGGCCCCUCCUGGUCCCGGGACCCGGCACGAGGAUCCAUCGUCCCAAGGGGAUCCACCUUCCCACCAGGAUCCACCUUCCCACCAGGAUCCACCUUCCCGAGAAGAUCCGGCCUCACACGAGGGGUCCCCCCCUCCCCGGCCCGAGGGGUCGUGUCCCGAGGAUUGUGCCCCCCCAGCGUGGACCCGGACCUGGCCCGGGGGUCCCUCCUGGCACGAGGACCCCCCCGAGGAUUCCCCUUCCCAGCAGGGCCCGGACCUGCCUGGGGACUUUUUGGGGGGUCCCCCCCGGCCUGGGCAGUUGUUUGGGGGUCCCCCCUGUCCGGGGACCUUGUUUGGGGGUCCCCCCCGGCCUGGGCAGUUGUUUGGGGGUCCCUCCCUGUCCGGGGUCCCUCCCGGCCUGGGGAUCCCUCCCGACCCGGGACUUUGGGGUCCCCGGCCCGGGGACUUGUCUGGGGUCCCCCGGCCUGGGCAGUUGUUUGGGUCCCCUGCCCGGGGUCCCUCCCAGCCCGGGGACUGUCAGGGGGUCCCGGCUCUUCGCACGAGGACUUUGUCCCCCCGGACCCUCCCCCAUCCCCGGGGUCCCCCAAGCCGGACCAGGACCCUCGUGCCCCCCGCCCAUGUCACCAGGAGGGUCCUCGUGCCCCCACCCUGGACCUGGGGGUUUUGA